UACGAAUACUCGUAAUAAUUCUCUUAGCCCGAGGAAUGGAUGGUUGCUCUGUCUUCUCCUUCCUCUAUCUAUAAUACUGCCAAGCUGCGUUCUUCACACACGGCUCAAUCAAGAAAACAGGCAGCUCCAGAACUCUGCAGCUCCAGCGAAAAUGGUGAAGAAAGAAAUGGGCUACAAAGCUCAUGCGCUAAUCCUUCCCUAUCCUCUUCAAGGCCACAUAAACCCCAUGUUACAGUUCUCCAAGCGGUUGGUCGCCAAAGGAGUCAAGGCCACAUUAGCUGCUACCAUCUUCACCAACAAGUCCAUGCAUUCGGACCCUACCGGCUCUGUUGAUAUUGAAACAAUCUCCGAUGGCUUCGAUGAUGGUGGCUUGGCCCAGGCAGAGAGCACAGAGCUUUACUUGUCAACUUUAGAAUCAGUAGGUGCACAAACGUUGGCUGAUUUAAUCAACAAACUUAGAGAUUUGGGUCGCCCUGUAAAUGUACUUAUUUAUGAUGGGUUCUUGCCAUGGGCACUUGAUGUCGCCAAGCGAUUUGGAUUGCUUGGAGUUGUGUUCUUCACUCAGCCUUGCGCUGUCAAUCACAUAUAUUACCAUGUUCAAAGAGGUCUUCUUCCGCUGCCACUAGCUGAGCCGACUGUUUCUCUUCCUGGAUUGCCGCUGCUUCAAGCUUCAGAGACACCGUCGUUUGUUUCUGAUUCAGGUUCAUACCCUGGUUUCCACCAUCUGGUGAUGAAUCAAUUCAGAAACAUUGAUGAAGCUGACUGGGUACUUUAUAACAACUUUUACAAACUGGAGGAUCAGGUGGUGGAAUGGAUGGCUAAGCGGUGGCGAUUGAGGACGGUAGGACCAACACUUCCGUCAAUGUUCCUGGAUAGAAGACUUGAAGAGGAUAAAGAUUAUGGAAUCAGUCUUUUUAAGCCAGAAACUCAAAUCUGCAUGAAGUGGCUCCAGGAUAAGCCUAAAGAUUCAGUUGUGUACGUGGCUUUCGGGAGCAUGGCAGAACUUGGAGCGGAACAAAUGAAGGAGAUUGCAUGGGGAUUGAAGGCAAGUAAAUACUACUUCUUAUGGGUUGUUAGGGAGACAGAGAAAGCAAAGCUGCCUGAAAAUUUCAUAGAAGAGACAUCAGACAAGUCUUUGGUGAUCUCAUGGUGUCCACAACUGGAAGUUCUAGCUCAUGAAGCAACCGGUUGCUUCAUUACACAUUGUGGAUUCAAUUCUGUGCUUGAAGCAUUGAGUUUGGGUGUCCCACUAGUGGCAAUGCCUCAAUGGACAGACCAACCCACGAAUGCUAAGUUUGUGGAGGAUGUUUGGAAAAUUGGAAUUAGAACUUGGCGAGAUGAGAAAGGAAUUGUGAGGAGAGAAACUGUGGAGCUUUGUGUAAGGCAAAUAAUGGAAGGGCAGAAGGGAAAAGAGAUAAGGGAGAAAGCAAAGAAUUGGAUGAUUUUGGCUAAGGAGGCCAUCAGUGAAGGUGGAAGUUCAGACAAGAACAUUGAUGAAUUUGUGGCACAGUUGGGCAGCUCCUAGGUGGUUUGUCUCGUUGAAUUUAAUUACCCGUCCAAGUUAUUAGGACAUGAAUAAGGAAUUUGUCUUCAUCAUGUACGAUGAUAAAUAAAUUUCUCAUUGGUUGA